AAGUCGUCCCGUCCGUUCGGUGAAGAUGUCUGCGACGGGUACAGGCGGCUGUGGACCCGGACCCGGACCCACGUCGGGCGCCGGGUCCGGGGCUUCAAACCCCAGGAAGUUUAGCGAGAAGAUAGCGCUGCAUACCCAGCGGCAGGCCGAGGAGACAGCCGCCUUUCAGGAGGUUAUGAUGGACAUCACCUCGACCAGGCUCCAGGCUCAGAAGCUCCGCCUUGCCAGGAGUCAGGGGCCGUACUACGGCGGCUCAUUACCCAACGUCAACCAGAUCGGCAGGAACCCUCAGGACUUCCAGGGCUCCUUCCCCUCCGCUUUGGAGUCCAACCGGUCGACUCGGCAUCAUGGCCUGGUGGAGCGAGUCCAGAGGGACCGCCGUUUCAUCUCGCCGGUCCGACCGUACCGCAACCGACAAGUGGACAGCUCACCGUAUAACUCCGCCUACCUGUCCCCGCCCCCCGACCCCAGCUGGAGAAGGAAUUGGUCCGGAAACUUCCCGGGGGAUAAAAGCCAGUUGUUUCGUCUCCCCUCCGCUGCACUCAACAGGACCAACUCCGACUCAGCCCUCCACACCAGUGUAAUGAACCCUCCCACAGGAGACCCCUUCACCACAGGAGGACCCACCUUCACGCCGCAGAGCACCAGACGCACAGGUCAGAGCGAUGGAGAGGGCAGAAGAAUGUUCCCGUAUCCGGUUCCUCCCAUUGAGGAGAACGUGCUGGACGAGGGAAAAGUGCUCAAACCCUGGGACAGCAAGAAUUUGCCUCUCUUGUCAUCUCGACCCAAGUCCUGUGAAGUUCCUGGCAUCAAUAUCUUUACGUCCCCGGAGCAGCCGUCCACGCCGGCUCACGGGGUCCCCUCGGCUCUCAACACUGGCGGCUCGCUGCCCGACCUGUCCAGCCUCCACUUUCCUUCCCCGCUGCCCACGCCGCUGGACCAGGAUGAGCCUGGCUACCCGGGAUCCUCCUCUCUGAGCGGAGGGAGCAGCACUGGGAACCUGGCCUCCACCCUUACCCAGCUGGGCAUCAAUGCCGCCAAUGCACAGGGAGGCAACGGCAACUUCCACCACCACACCACAGGUCUCCUGGCGUCUUUACAGAGCACGCUCAGUAACCCCUCCUUGCAGUCGUCACUAAGCAACCCCAACAUCCAGUCAUCACUCAGCAGCCACUCCUUUUCCAACUCUCUGAGCUCUGCCUCUCUGCACUCGUCGCUCAGCAACCCCUCGCUGCAGUCGUCCCUCAGCUCCUCCCCCUCCCUGCCGUCCUCACUCAGCAGCCAGUCACUGCACUCCUCCCUCAGUAACUCCUCCCUCCAGUCGGCGUCCAGCGGUAACCCCAGCUACAGCAGCGGAGUGGGCAGCUCCAGCUCCUGCUCGUCCUCCUACUCGCCGCUGCUCAGUGGACAGGGUCAGCCGUCGCUCAGCACGUCGCCACGGAGACGAGCGCAGCUGUCCCCCCUCAUCCUGCCGAUGGGAGGGGAGUCACGGAGGCAUCACUCCAAACAGUUCUCCCCCACUAUCUCCCCCACCCUGUCCUCCAUCACACAGGGCGUCCCUCUGGACACCAGCAGAUUGCCUCUGGACCAGAGGCUUCCUCCGUACCCGCUCAGUCAGUCCCACCAGCACCAGCCGGGCUCCCACCAGUCUCUCCCCGGUCUGGCUGGCUCCCAGCCCGGCCAGCAGCCUCCUACGCUGGGUCAGCACCACCACCAACAGCUGCACCGUCUCCAGCAGCCACGGCCCAACCCCCAACAGCAGCAGCUCCACCUGCAGAACCUACGCAACCAGCACAUGCAGCAGCACUUUGGAACACAGCAGAGGCCGAUGGGAACGCACGCGAACACAACCAACGCAUCGCCCAUUAAGAACGAGAGGGCUUUGGAUCAGUGCACCCAGAGCUCGUCGUCCUCUCAGUGUCAGGUCAAACAGGAAGCUGAUCAGCAGGCGGAGCAGCAGAGAGUCGGUCUCCCACAGCUCCAGCAGAUCAGCCACAACCUGGCCACAGACCUGUACAACGAUGCCUUGUUCAACUCCCUGCUGGACGAACCGUACCUGAGUCUGCAGCUCACAGGCAAAUCCAACCAGCAGUUCACAGCCGAGACCCAAGGAGACGGUCUGUCCCUGAACCACAGCGGUCUGAGCUGCGGCAGCACGGACAAGAACCAGUUCCCCUCCAACACCCAGGGGCCCCUGGGCCUGCAGGACCCCGGCGACCAGCAGCUCCUCAACAACCAGAACCAGAACUACAGCGGUGGGGAAGGACGACACAACGUGCCCAACAUCAUCCUCACUGGAGACUCUCCGCCAGGUCUGUCCAAAGAGAUUGCCAGUGCUCUUUCCCAUGUCCCCGGCUUUGAGAUGGACCCUUUCUCCCUGGACGACCCGCUCAGGAUGGACUCCCUGGCGCUGGACAUGCUUGACAGUGACCUAAUGCUCGCCGACCCGGCUGUGGAGGACUCCUUCCGAUCCGACCGGUUGAAGUGAUCCCACCGCCCCUCCCCUCCAGGAGCUCGGUGGGAAUCCGGCAAAGAGACGGACGCCUGGACAGGGGUGGAGAGGACGCCGCCCACUCACCACUCCUCCAACGAGACGGUCUGCAGAGCGAGGUUUGGACGUAACUUGGGAAUCUCUUCGUCGUUCGGUCGAUGGAGGGGGAGCUUUUCCGUCGAAGGCACUUAACUGAAAUCGCUCUUGCAAUGCUUGAAGUCAAGAAAACCAAGUUGCUUCUCUUUUUAGGCAUUAGCUUGUACGAGUCUUAUCUGCAUGUUAAUGAAAAAUGCACUCACGUAAAUGCAGAAGUAAAACGCUCACGUGACGUCGGCUUUGUGUAAGAACCCGUCUGUAAAAACCAGCAACGCUUGGAAGAUCUUGAAAAGCAUUAUGCAUCUUGACAGACCUUCUCUCGAGCUUUCUGUUUCCUGUUGUCUGUUCCACCCAGCAGCCAUGUCGGCCGUUACUCCACGGGGAAGACGACGUGUGAUUGGUUUGGAUUAUUUUACCCCAAACUGCCAUUAGGUUAGGAAAUAACCACCAUUCAGAGGCCAAUACGUUGGCUUUCUGUGCUCUAUCAGCCACUUUGACAGGAACUCAGCCAUGAUGUCGAUGUCAGUUUAACAGCCUGAAAGAGGCUGUGAGAUUCUCCUCAGGCCAAACUGGUCUGUUCUCAUUUACAGAAAUGAGUGAGUUAAUGUGAAGCAGUGAAAGGUUUGGGAUGAAACCCCCUCAGGAGCUGCUUCAGACCCCCAACAUGCUGCUUCUGUUCAAUGUUUCACUCCUUUUUACAGCAGCUUCGAAUCCUGAAAUCACUGUGAUCACGUCGGGCGCUUCCUGGAACACGCCGAGCUUUUUCUGAAAAAAUUCCCUUUUUUUAAAUUUGAUCCUUUACAUUUAAAUUUGUACGUAUCACUUGAACUGUGUCAGUGUUCAGCCUCUUCGGUCUGCAGCUAGAGCAGAGAGUAACGGUCGAGUCUGAGACCAAGAUCAGGACCUGGAUCUGAGUGGACUCGAGUGCUGCAGCAGCCAGAAGGACGUUAAUGCUCCUCGUGUCCUGUAAGCGCCCGAUCUGAUCACAGACAGUUUCACUUCCAGUAAAACCAGUGUCAUUGUUAAAACUUCACCAGAGCCCAGAGACUUCACUGAGCUGCAGUCUGAGGCCUGAAACAGGCAGCUGAAAGCCAGGCUGUGCACGAGGCUGUGCACGAGGCUGUGCACGAGGCUGUGCACGAGGCUGCGCACGAGGCUGUGCACGAGGCUGCGCACGAUAACAGAAGGUAAAGAAAACCUUCAGAAGUCAGGGCCUGAGCUUGAAUCCUCCUGUUCUCAGAGUCAGAUGUUCAGAUGAACAUCAGCCCUUCAAACUGCCCCGAGUCUCUCUGCGUCCUAAAGAUGCAAAGACGUCUUCGUGCAGCUCUGCAGCCUCGUGUCUCAGUCUUCAGCCGGCGACCAGUGUUUCUGAUCUGUAGCUGUGGAUUCACUGUUUCAGCCUCAUGUGCCUGCUGCCUCUGUCUGUCUGUCUGUCUGUAUCUCUGUCUGUCUCUGUCUGUCUGUCUCUCUGUCUCUCUGUCUGUCUCUGUCCAUCUGUCAGAUUCCACGUUCCACAUUCCCUCUAACAGAGAAGAAUGAGUGUCCUGCCGAGGACGAAUGCUCUGACAGUACAUCGAUGCACUUGCCUGUAGUUAUAAAUGGAUCGGCUGCAUUUUUAAUAUUAUGCAUUGCAGUGAUGAAAAUGAAUGUGUGGAGUGAAUCAGCUGCAGAUGGGAGGCAGGGUUGCUUUGCACCUCGUGAGAUGCCGAGUGCGUCGUGACGAGCUCCGGCUGAACCCUGACCUGUCCCGUCUGUCUGGACCACAGCUUUAACACAGUCGCCCUUCAGGCUUAAAGCUUUAUUUCCCUGUCAGCUCAGAUUUUUAAAGGACAAUUCCACCAAGACAUAGAUAAGACUUUACUGAUCCCACAGCGUAGGACUUCACCUUCCUGUAUGAAGGUGUAGAGAGUCCUGACAUCACAUCUGGUCCAGGAUCUGUUCCCGUUUCUGUAACUCGUCACAGCCUCUCGUUCGGCCUUUCAUCCUUUCAUCGGUGUGUGAAGAGGUGGUUUAUUCCACCGCAGCAGCUUCUACACGAACGCGAAGCCUCGGUGAUUCCCCUCGUAGUUAAACUGUGACGGGAAAGUAAAGUUUCAGCAGCUGCAGGUCUUUGUUUUAUCUGCCAUGAGUUGAGUUUUGUUGCUGUUUACGAGGCUGAUGAGAUCAACUCCAGAUCUCACAAAAUAAAAAAUAACUUGCGUCUCGAGGCUUUGUACAGAAAGAUGCACAAAUGCAGUUUUGGUGGCCUUGUCCUUUAAGCCCAGUCACUGUGAUUGACAGCCCUCAGCCCCGCCCUCUCCGCCUGCACCUGCUGCACCUGUGUUUCGGCCGCGCCGCGGGCCACAGCCGAGCGUAGUAACGUAUUUUUGUGUAACAAAGGUAAAAAAUAUUAAUAUUAAUAUUCUGACUAUAAAGAAGUUUUAUUUUUUAAUCCGACGUGGUCUGAACCUGUAUGUACAUAAUUUCUCAGAUAAUAUCUUUUUAAAAAAACAGUAUAUUUAAGAUGAGAGAA